AUGCAAUCAAAAAAUAAAUCCCCAUUUCCAUUAUCAAAACUUCCAUUUGACAUUCUAGAAAACAUUACAUCUAUAAUCAUUAAACAUGAGAGAUUCAAGGUGAUCGGAUCAAACAUCAUAUUUAUUAAUAGAACAUUUGCCAAAGCCGCAAUACCUCAAGUAUGGAAAACUAUUUAUAUUUAUGAAGCAAAUGAACAUUCUAAUCAUUCGUCAUUCAAUGAUUUAUUAUUGAAGAAAAUAAGUCGUAAGAAAUCAUUUAUCAAAGAUAUUAAAAGAUUGUCAUUGAACGGAACAAAUUUCACCAACAAAGGAAUAAUUAAUUACAUCAUACCACUUCUCAAAGAUGACAAUUAUAACAAAACCAGUAAUUUAACAGAAGUCACUAUUGGAUACGAUGGAAUUUACCCAUGUAUAACUAAUUCGAGUUCUGCAGAAAUUACUAAUUCACCUUUACAAAUGUUACCAAAAAGUACAAUAGAAUGUUUAUUUCUUGGUAAAAUUAAUCAACAAACUUUUACGUCUAAAGGUCUUCGAUCCUUAUUAUUAUUAUGUCAUGAAAACUUAUUAUCAUUGGUGAUAGAUUUGGAUCAUAUAACUUCUUCAUCUACAUCAUCUUCUUCGUUGUCGCCAUCUUAUGUUUUAAAAGAUAUAAUAAUACCAAUAUUUCAAAAUCAAAAAUUGCAAGAAAUUCAUUUAAUAUCUGAUUCAUGGUCAGAAUGGAAUGAUUUUUAUCCUAAACCAAGAUCUGAACAUGAACUGAAAGCAAAAGAAGCUUUAUGGCGAUGGACUUUAAAAUCUUAUUGGGGAAUAUCAAAUAAUUUGAUUGAAUCAUUAAGUAAAAGUAUUAAAACUUUGAAAAUAUUCACUAUUCUGGAUGAUAUAGGAUUAGUACCAAGUGUGAAUACAUAUUCUAUAGUCAAUACAACUACCAAUCAAACAGUGUAUAAUGAUAUAACAAUUAAAGCAGAUUUUGACAGCACAUCAUCAAUUGAUAAUCCAUUUUCAAAUUUUUUUAGUUCAAUUCCAGCUGCAUAUUUUUGGAUGGGUGGUAAUUGGAUAAAUAAAGAUACUUGUGGCAGUUAUUUUGCAGUUCAAAUUUUAUCUUUAAUUGCAAGUUUGUUAAUUGUAAUCAUUAUACAAAAUAUGUUUAUAACUUUUGUGAGUAUUGUGUAUGAAAAAAUAUCAGAAACAACUAAACUUGAACUACUCAAGCUCCAAGCUGCUUUCAUAUCAGACUAUGAGCCCAAUCCAAAAUACAUUUGUUAUAAUAAUAACAAUCUUGAUUCAUGGAAAGAAAGAACCAAAUCAAGAAGAGGUUGUUUAUAUGCAAAAUAUGAAAAUGAAAAUUCUUAUAUUCAAUACAUUCUUGAAAAAAAGGAUUUUGACCAUCAAGCUGGUUCUUUGUGGCAGUUUCAUAAGGAACUGGAUGAUUUUAAUGACAAUGAUGUUAAUGAUAAAAUCAAGAUUUUAGAUACCAAUAAUGAUGAUUUUAAUGAAAAAAUUUCAAAUUUAGAAAAAACCUUGAAUUUUCUCUUUAAAAAAAUACAAU